AUGGCGACCAGUGAUAACAACAAAAUGGCUGAGGAGGCUAAGAAGCCACCUGAAGAGGAUGAAGUCCUCAGCUGUUUCUUCUCCGAGAUCGAGUCCAUUGGCAAAGCAAAGAGCAAUGCCGACAUCAUGACCUUCAACGCCAAGGAGCUCUGUCUGAGGCUUACAUCGCAGACCUUCGCGAGCCCCUACCAGGUUCUGCAGCUCAAGCACAAUGCCACUGAGGAGGAAAUCAAAAAACGUUAUCGCAAGAUCUCCCUACUGAUCCACCCGGACAAAUUCAAGCACGAAAAGGCGCAAGAGGCGUUCAACGUGCUGCUCAACGCCUUCAACGAGAUCCAAAACUCGGAAUCCAAGGAAAAGUACAAACUAGUGUACGAGCAGGCCAGGAAGGUCGUCUAUAAGCGUCACAAGGCGAAUCCCAACGCCACGACGCUCGACCUUAUCGCAGCCGGGGUGCUCGACAGCGACAUACAGCAGAUCGAGAACGAAAUACAGCGGGAGUGCGACGAGAUUCUGCGCAAACAGCAAGAGCGCCGCGAGUACGCAGAAAAAUGCGUGCGAGCGAACAUGGAGUACGAAAAACAGCUGGCCGCUGAGCAGGUCGAGCUCGAAAAGCAGCAGCUCAACCACCAGGUGGAAUGGGACAAGACUAGAGAUCUACGUGUUACCAGCUGGCGUAGCUUCCAGGGCAAAGUCACUACCAAGGACUUCAAGCUCCAGGCUUUCAGGACCGUUGAGCCCAAGCGUGAGCAGCGGCCUGACGUGGAGGGAACCAAACGAGGCACCAUCGCCGAAUCGCAAACAAAUCGCAAGGAGAAACGCAAGAAAAUUGUACAUACAGACGAAUACAAGGCAAGCUGGAGAUGA